AUGGCGAGGAUGUACUCUUCGAAAAGAUUUCUCAUGUUGGUGGGUUACACCACUCUACUGUUUGUUCUGUGGAUCGGAAUUUUAUCGGGUUUCUUAUUGACGAUGAAGUAUGCGCAAAUAGGUAAUAAAUCAUUAACACCUAGAGAAGUAAAUAAUUUACUCGAUUCCCUUGGUGUACUUGUAAGUAAAAGAAAAGCAAAGUUUGUGUUUUAUCACUACAAUAGAUGCUUGAGAAAAAUGUAUAACGAUAUGAUGGAUAGACUGUGGGUGCAAUUUGCCACCGCAGCAACGAAAAGAGGGAUGUCACGAAGUUAUCAAAUGAGAUUUUGGAAAGAAUGCGAUGAUGAAAUAACUAAUGACUUUGUAGAAAGAGACGAAUAUUUUUUAGGGAGAUUUAGGAAAUUAAUAUCUAAAGGAACAAUGAUGAGCUUGACUUUUUUUACUUUCAUGUGUAAAUACAACAAGUCAUGGAAAGCGGCUUUAAGAUAUUACGAAGAUAAGUGGUCCAUUACUCUAUGGCGCAAUGUAGAGAGUUAUCCAGGGAUAAAAGUAAGGUCUCAUGGCAAUCCCGACUUUUAA